AUGAAAAUCCUUUCAGAUAAAAUCAAAUAUCGAAUAUUAGAUAUUAUAUUUAAAAAUAAUUUAAUUGGGGAAAAUGAAGAUCAAAGAACAAAUCUUAAAAAUGUUGUUAUGAACUCUUCCCUGAUAAUAAAUACAUUAAGAAAAGAAUUUCUUGAAUAUAGACGAGUACAGAAAGGAACACUAAACAAUAUAAUCGUGGAUGUUAUAAGAAAUUCUUUUAAAAAUGGGGUCCUAUUGAAAAGAAUGGAACAAAGGAAUAAUAGGGGUAGUAUGGAAAAGGGAAGCAGCACUAACGAGAUGGCAGGCAGUGGAGGGGAUAAGUAUAGUACUGUUGAGGUAGCAACUUCCAAGGUAGUAAGUGUUGAUGCAGCUAGUUCUAAGGAUGCUAGUACGAAUGGUCGUAGUGCUAAUAGCCGUAGUGCUAAUAGCGGUAGUGCUAAUAGCGGUAAUGCAGGUUUUGAAAGGGUUAACGCCCUGGAUGGAAGGAACCAGCGGACGGGGAAGAUCCGAUUGAUUAAAUCAGAAGCGAAUGCACAAAGUAAAGAGUUAGAAAUGAAGGGAUGCAAUUCAACUUCAGAUGGAAAAAACAUCGAAGGUAAUAAAAGUGUUAAUAGAAAAAAAAGGAACGAUAAAUUGAAAAAUGUAGACGACGAGAUAAAAGACAAACUUGGCAAAGAAGAGAAAAGAAUGGUUCUGCGGUUAAUUAACGAGCGAAUGAAACUAGAUAUGAUAAAUAAUAAAACAAAAGAGAGUGAAAAAAAUAAUAUGAUCGAUAGUACCAUGAAGAAUAUUCUAAAAUUCGUGAAGGUACCUAAAUUCGGGGAAGGGACUAGCCCGUUAGAUGAGUAUAAAGGAAUACACAAUAUAAAAAAAGAUAUAUUAUGUAGUAUAAUAUAUCCAUUUAAAUAUAGAGGGGAUAAUUUUAGCUCAAUUAUUAGCAUCAGUGGAAAUAGCGGGUCAGGUAAAACAACAUUAGCUUAUGCUAUUGCUGGGGAGUGUGACUGUCCAUUUUUUUACUUAAAAUUACCAGAAUAUAUAAGGUACUUAUCAAAUGAUGAAAAAAAUAAUAAAAUGAAAAUAAUUUUUGAACAUAUAAGAAAUGAAUAUAAUAAAGCAAUUCUAUGUAUUGAUGAUGUAGAUAUUUUGUUUUCAUCAAAAGAAGAUACUAUAGACAUAUAUUUGUUUACAUAUUUAUUAAGCAUAUUUGAUAAUUCUAGUAUUAUUAUACUAUUACUAAGUAUUAAUAAACCAUAUGAUAGUAUAUUAUAUACCAAAAUCCAAAAGUUCAUUUCGAUGCCUCUUCCUACAUAUGAAGAUAGACUAGAUAUAUUUCAAAAUAUAACUAAACAAUUUUUACUCAGUUUUGAUACAACCUUUACAGCAUCUAUUACCUAUGGUUUUAAUAAAGGACAGAUAUAUGAACUCAUCAAUGAAGCAGUAAAUCUUUCAAUAUAUAACGAUACGCUAAUAGACUGUGUUGCAUGUGUACAUAAUAGUACUACUACAACUUCGGGGAUGCAUACAAAAUUAAGUGAACGUUCUAGCAGUAAUGAGAACGGUACAACACAAGAGAACAGCUAUCGGAAUUAUGAAGAAGGAAAUGCUAUGCAUAAGGAUAAAAUAGAUAUAGCAUAUAAUGCGAAGGAUUAUGUACAUAUGGAAAAAUUAGAAAAUGGAAGAAUAAAAUGUGGAAGCAUUCAUAAAAAUCAGUCCGAUGUUCAUGUACAUGUGCAAAAUGGUCAUAGGGAUGAUACUACAUUGAUGUAUAAUGUGGUUGGAGUGAAAGAUGAAACAUAUACUAAGAGUGGCUGUAGCUCCAUGAAUAAAGAAAGCAGUAUGUAUGACAGGACCAGAUUAUCGGUAGACCAAACUGAAGAAGAGGAAAAAUAUGAUUUGUCAACGAUUGAUACGACUUCAUCUGUACUACGAGACUCCUCGUUUGCUGUAAGAGGGGAGGGAUAUACAAAGCGGAAAGUCAGCAUCAUUAGCAGUGUUGGCACUGUUAGAGGUACUAAUGGUAGCGGUAUCACUAAUGGUAGCGGUAGUACUAAUGGUAGCGGUAGUACUAAUGGUAGUGGUAGUACUAAUGAUAACGAUACCCACGCUGAGCAGGUGCGCAAGAAGGUCCGAACUGCAAACAUGCACAUCGACAAUGACGUAAUUUACGAAAGUGUUAAAAACGUAAAGAAAAAAAUGGCAACUCAUAAUAGGUGUGAAGUACCAACUAUUAGUCUAGAUAAUGUUGGAUCGUUAAAAAAAAUUAAGAAAAUAUUAGAAACGAAAUUUAUAUUACCAGUGAAAUAUGCGAACAUAUACAAACAUCUGGGUAUUAACAAAAGCAUGGGUAUAUUAUUAUAUGGACCACCUGGAUGUGGUAAAACUAUGCUAGCUAAAGCUAUAAGUAAUGAAAUGAGAGCGAAUUUUAUAGCUAUUAAAGGACCAGAAAUUUUAAACAAAUAUGUUGGUGAAAGUGAAAAGAAUGUACGAGAAAUAUUCGCAUAUGCAUCCAUAUACAAACCUUGUUUAAUAUUUUUUGAUGAAAUAGAUAGUAUAUGUAUUAAUAGAGCUAAUAACAAAACUGCAGUUGCAUCAGAUAGAGUAGUCAACCAGCUAUUAACAGAAAUGGAUGGUCUUUCAAAAAGAGAAAGUGUUUACAUUAUAGCUACGACUAAUAGACCAGAUAUUAUUGAUAAAGCAUUAUUACGUAGUGGUAGGUUUGAUCAACUAAUAUAUAUUUCUUUACCGAAAUAUAAGGGAAGAAUUGAUAUAUUAAACAAACUUGCAAGAGAUAUGCCAAUAGAUAAAGAUGUAAAUUUUUCAGAAAUAUCAAAAUUAACAAAAGGGUAUAGUGGAGCAGAUUUGUAUGGCAUCCUAAGAGAGAGUGCAUUUAUAGCUCUACAAGAGUGUCGAGAUAAAAUAGAUAUAAUAAAUUUUGAUAUUCCUAUGUUGGAAGGUGCACAAAAAAUAUGUGGGAAAUCAUGUAAAAAUACAGCACUAGAAGUAUCUGCUUUAAAGGAUAAUAGUUUUUAUAAAGAAGGAAAGGAUAAAAAAGAUCUUUUUGACACAAAGUGGGAUGAUACAAAUACAAGCAGUAAGAAGAAUGACGAUCAAAAUAGCAUGAUAGAUAAAAGUGCUACAACAAAGAUAUUAUUAAAUACAUAUGUAAACAAUUCUAAUGAUACUGGUAGUACCACUUAUAAUCUAGGACGAAGGAAAGAACAAAACUUCAAUGAUGUUGAACAACAUUAUUCUCAUUCAACAUAUAAUACCCCCAUGAAUGGUAGUAUAAAUACAGACACGUAUGGUGAAAAAGGAAUAAAACUGAUAUGUGAGAUUGACCAAGAAAUUUCUCGAGCACAUAAUGAUAUAAAUGGUAUACUACCAGAUUCUGAGUUGGAAAAUAUUAACGAAAUGAAUGAUGUAGAAAAUUUGGCACAAUGCAAACAAACAGUGAAUAAAGAUUCUGGGAAAUUUACCACGUUCACUCAGGAGGACUUAUCAUCAGGAGCGAGUAAAAAUUGGGUGGAAAAAAAUAAAGAAAUGAAAGCACCAGACGCACGGGGAAAGGCAGAGAAGGGAGAAAUAAAAAAAAAAAAAAAAAAAAAAAAAAAAAAAAAUGAACGUGCAGAUGAACCACAAAACGAUUGGCAACAUGCUUGUCAAUGUGAACAUGUUAGUAAUUCCCAAAUAAACAACACUGCAGGGGAAAAUAACAACAAUGGGAAAUUCGAAAUGCCUGAUUUAAAAAAUGAAGGCCUAGAUGAAAAGGAAAAAAAUAAUUUAAUAUACGAAUUUAUUCAAAAAAAUAAGAAUAUAUUAACAAUUAAACAAAGGCAUAUAGUGAUGGCAAUUAAAAUUGUGCCGAGGAGUGUUUCCAAAAGGCAAAUGAAAUAUUACAAAGAAAUAAGCAAAAAGUUUAAAUGA